CAAGGACGAUCAUCAAGAAGCCAGAUCCAACAGCUCCAACGUCGACCGGCGCUAGCAACUCCCCGCGCUCAGCAUCAUACCCUGUACCAAGACUCGCUGAGGAGUUCAUCCAUUCGUCAUUCCCCGCCUUAGUUGACCUGAGGUCUAGACAGCUAUGCCGACCACCACAGCAGAGACGCUCACUCUGGCCUCUACACAAGUCAUCGUUCACCCACUUGUCCUCCUCUCCGUCACAGAUCACGCCUCGCGCUCACCUUCAGGCCCACGCAAGAGAGUGGUAGGGGUGCUGUUAGGCCAAGAUGAGGGAACACAGAUCAAUGUAGCCAAUUCUUUUGCAGUACCCUUCGAGGAGGAUGAGAGAGAUGGAAAGACAUGGUUUCUGGAUCAUGACUACAUCGAGUUCAUGACGGGAAUGUUCAAGAAGGUCAAUGCUCGAGAAAAGAUCGUAGGAUGGUAUCACACAGGACCUCGUCUGCGCUCGUCGGAUCUCGAGAUCAACGAGGUAAUGAAGCAAUUCAUCCCCAAGCCGGUCAUGGUCAUUGUCGAUCCCCGCUCCAGGGACACGGGCAUCCCCACUGAUGCUUACAUUGCAGUGGAAGAGAUUAAAGACGACGGAACAGCGGCGGAGAAGACCUUCACUAGGGUACCUUCGUCGAUCGAGGCAGAGGAGGCAGAAGAGAUUGGAGUCGAGCACCUCUUGCGUGAUAUCAGGGAUACAACACAGGUCGGUACUCUGUCUGAGCGAGUAGGCAACCAGGUCGCAGCUCUCAAGGGACUACACUCGAGGCUAGACGAGAUUGCACACUACCUGGACGAUGUGACAGCAGGGAAGCUACCGCUGAACCACCAGAUCGUGUAUAAGCUGCAAGACUGCUUCAAUCUGCUACCGGACCUGGAGAGCGAGGACCUCAAGAGAUCGAUGAGCCACGCUCAGAACGACCAAUCGCUCGUCGUCUACCUCAGCUCUCUCAUCCGCGGAGUCGUGGCGCUGCAUGCUCUAGUGGACAACAGGAAGACGAAUGCAGAGGAGACGGGAGGAGGGUCAGAGGAGAAGAAGGACAAGGAGGGAGAGGAGGAGAAGGACAAGGGCGAGAAGGACAAGUCGAAAGACAAGGAGGGUACCAAGGCCAAGAAGGGCGACAAGUGAGGAGGAGCUUGCAGUGUCACCUCAAUCUACAUCAUUACACACUACAGAAUUCCCCUGGCCAGCCAUCCAUCAAGCGUCUCCCACUCUCUUGAGCCCGAUGCCCAAUUUACCCGGCGUGACUUCAUUUCGGCGCCAGAAGUCUACCAGCAGCUUGGCCGUCUUCUCCGGAGCGUCCUCCUGUAGACAAUGACCGACGUCUGGAAACACGGUGAGU